AUGGGCUUGGAGGCCGCCAAGAUCGGCACAGAUUUGGUCGGCAUGGGCGUGAAGGCACAGAAAGAUGCCAACACGGCCUUCACCAACAUGGGCGUGAAAGCCAACACCGAGGUCCUCAAAGCAGAGACCAAGGCAAACAACUUCUUCAACAAAGUCAGGGAUGGCUUCACCACCGGCUUCACCUCGGGCCUGAGCCGCUGA